AUGGGUCCGCCAAUACCACGACAAGUGAAAAAUAUUAUUUAUAAUGUACAUAGUUUUUUUUUAAGACGAAAGGGCGACAAGGAAAGUAUGGAACACAAAUAUGAUAUGAACAUUAAUAAAUUAGUAGCAGAGGCUACAGGAGUGUCUGCCCGCACCGUAAUGCGAAUUGUAGCUGAAGGAAAUUCGAGUCUACAAACAUCGGAAAUUGCAAAAUUUUCAUCUCCGCGGAAACCUAAAGAAAUAAAAAAGAGAAUCCAGAUUGAUGAUUUUGACAUGGGAGUUAUACGAAGAAAAAUUCAUCAAUUUUAUACUAGUGAUAAGAAAAUCCCAAGUAUUCGUAAGCUGCUUGCAGUUUUAAAAGAAGAUGGCAUUGUGAACUGCGGUUGUACCUAUUUACGACAGCUUUUACAUAAGAUGGGAUAUUUAUUUAAAAAAUGUAAAUCUAAGAGACACAUUUUAAUUGAGAGGCCCAGUAUUGCUGAAUGGAGAGUAAGGUAUUUAAGAGCUAUACGGAAACAUAGAAAUGAAAACCGAAACAUAUAUUAUCUGGACGAAACCUACGUUAAUAGUAGCCACACCUCCAAUAUGUGUUGGCAAUCCGAAUCUGAGCCUGGAAUUUAUGCUGAUAUUGGCAAAGGGCGUCGUUUGGUGAUUGUUCAUGGUGGUAGCCGAGACGGAUUAGUUAACGGUGCCUUAACAAUUUUCAAAUCAGAUUCGAAAUGUGGGGAUUACCAUGGCGAUAUGAAUGCCACAAAUUUUCAUAACUGGAAAAUUGAGAACCAAUAUUGGGACCACGAUAUGAGGUUUGACAAUGUAAUAGACGAGUUGAUCAUAAACCUGGGAAACGAUUCAGAUUCUGAGGAGGAUAUGGAAAUUGAAGACAUGUAUAGUAAUGAAGAAGAAGAAGAUAUGGAUUAA